AUUGGCCAUUGCACCUGUGAACUACGCUUAAUUGAGAAAGCAUCCGGUCAAACUUGCACCUCCGCCACGCCCGGCGUCAGCGAACCUUAAAUUUGGGUGACUCCAUUCCUCAAGGGGGAUGAGCUUCGAUCUCGGAGUGUGUCACUGUGGGCAGUUUAUUGGACUGUCGGUGCCCACUUAUUCAUUAUCGAGGGGAGCCUAAAUUGAUCGCCAAGGGGGGAGUUUGUUUGUUCAUUUUUGGGAUUCGGACCCUGCAUUUUCUUUUUCUUCUACCGCGCCGUUUUCUCUUUUCUUUUCUCCUCUCGUUGGUGUAAUUCAUUUCAUUCCCUCGACCCAUCCCGCCUUUCCUCUUUGUUGAUUCAUCGCAAUUCCCCUCGAGGCCAUUUUGCGACCGUGGCGAAGUGCGCAGCACACCAACCCCUUCCGCGAUCAUUCAGGGAUCAUUGCGUGGCGCCCGCCUCAAACCGCGCCCAUUCGAGCACGCGCGCAACGACGUCACUCGAUCCUUCGAUCCUGCGCGUAUUACCGAUUGUGAUCGAUCCGGACAAGCACCAGAUUUAGAACCACGAGUGUAUUUAACUUAUAGCACGGGAUAGUGUAUAGUGUGCAGCUCCAGCGAAAUGGGCCCUCUUUCGCCUAAAAGUGCGAUCGCGCACAUCUCCAAGCUGUUGCUGCUGUCGUAUAUCAUCGACUGGAUAUUCAUCAUUGGUGUCGCCCUGAUUGGCUAUGGAUUCUACAAACAGGACCCCAACCAGCGUCCCUUCUCCCUGACCGACCCGGAUAUUUCCUUCCCCUUCACUGAGCAUGAAACUGUCUCCACCGCGACCUUGAUCCUCGUCUCCGUGCUAGCACCGGCCGUGAUCGUAUUCCUGGGAGCGGCGCUCCUCAUUCCCGGAACCGCUGCCGUCGGGGGCGCAAGAGCAUCCAAAUUGCAAAUGCUGCGACGCAAGUUCUGGGAGUGGAAUGUGGGCUGGAUGGGAUUGGCGCUUGCCCUGGCAAGUGCCUGGAUGGCCACACAGGGAUUGAAGACGUUGAUGGGUAAGCCACGACCGGAUCUGCUGGCGCGAUGCAACCCGGACGUGAAGAAGAUUGCAGAGUUUGCGGUCAGUGGUCUCGGCGAGCGUCUGGCAGGUGCCCCGGUCUUGGUGGAUUGGAAGAUUUGCCAGGAACAGGGAUACGACCUGCGAGUAGAUGGGUUCUCCAGCUUCCCUAGUGGACAUGCAUCCCUCUCUUUCGCCGGCCUCGGCUACCUGACUCUCUGGCUCGCUGCCAAAUUGUCCGUUAGUUUCCCCUAUCUGCCUCAAUUCCCCGUCGAAGGCGAUGAUUACAGCGACGACCGCACCUCGGUCCGCACGCGCGGUGCGGCGCCCCCCGUGCUACUGAUGAUUCUUACUUUCCUGCCCACUGCGGUAGCCUUCUUUAUCGCCUCCUCCCGGUGGUUCGACUAUCGCCAUCACGGAUUCGAUAUUAUUUGCGGUGGCCUCAUUGGAAUCUUCUUCGCCUACAUCGCAAUGCGCAUGUACCAUCUGCCCAUCCAACGGGGCGCAGGCUGGGCAUGGGGUGCCCGAAGCCACCGCAGAGCAUUCGUUCGAGGCAUUGGUUUCCCUAGCUCCCUUGGAACGGAUAGCUGGUCGUAUACCCGCCAGGAAAAGGCUACCGAUAUCUCCAAUGGUUCUGGCCAUGCCAACGCUGUACAUGAUGUUGAAAAUAUCCCGAUGCGAGAGCAACCUGAACAGGUAACUGCCAGCGAACGGGUGUAAAUGAGGACUCGAUUGACAUUUACUUAAAACUAUUAUCGGUUUCCUAAUGCCGAAUGUACAUGAUGGGUGGGAUGGUUUUCGCCUACGGUGGACCCAACUUCCACCCAAACGCCUUAUUACUUACUUUGAUUAAUUCAUGACAAACCACACAAAAUGCAUUCAUUUCGUCCGCAUUUGCAUGGCAUAUCUGUAGCUUUGAUCCUCGAAUUACAUGACAUGCGUC